AUGAGGGUACAGGAACUGGUCAUUGACGGCUUCAAGUCGUAUGCUGUGCGGACAGUAAUCACAGGCUGGGACUCUACUUUCAAUGCGAUCACGGGUCUGAACGGUUCCGGCAAAUCGAACAUUCUCGAUGCGAUAUGCUUCUGCCUUGGAAUUGGACGUUUUGAACUGCUGCGAGCAAGUGGAGGCGCCAGCGAUCUCAUCUACAAGCGUGGCCAGGCCGGAAUCACAAAAGCAUCCGUGACACUCGUCUUCGACAACAGCGACAAGCCAAAGUCACCCAUCGGAUUCGAGGACUAUGGCAGCAUCAGCGUUACCCGGCAGAUCGUCCUGGGAGGCACGAGCAAAUACCUCAUCAAUGGACACCGCGCACAACAACAAACCGUGCAGAAUCUCUUCCAGAGCGUACAGCUGAACAUCAACAACCCCAAUUUCUUGAUCAUGCAGGGAAAGAUCACCAAGGUCCUCAACAUGAAGAGCGCGGAGAUUCUGGGAAUGGUAGAAGAGGCGGCUGGAACGCGCAUGUUCGAGGACAGAAGGGAGAAGGCACUGAGAACAAUGAACAAGAAGCAGGCGAAAGUGGACGAGCUGGAAGCGCUGCUCAAGGAAGAGAUUGAGCCGAAGUUGGACAAGCUGAGAAGCGAGAAGCGGGCAUUCUUGGAAUUCCAAAGCACACAGAGUGAUCUUGAGCGAUUGACGAAGCUCGUGGUGGCAUACGACUACAUUAAGUCAAAGCAAAAGAUGGAGCAGAGCGCACAUGACCUCGCCGCGAAGAAAGAGCACGCGGCAAAACUGGAGGAGAAUGCUGAAAAGCUACAACGAGAAAUUGGCGUGCUCGAGGAGGAUGCGAAGAAGGUCCGGGCAGCACGCGACAAGGAAUUGAGGAAAGGCGGCAAAUUUGCAGAGCUGGAGGCUGCGGUCAAGACGUUCUCCGAGGACCUCGUUCGACUUGACACGAAGCUUGAGAUUGCGAACUCGUCUGUCAAAGAGGAGCAGGAGCGGCUGAAGAAGGCUCAGGAGUCUGUUAAGGAUUUCGAGAAGCAAUUGGCACAAAAGACUGAGACACACCAGAAGCUGCAGACACGCUUCGAAGAGGCCAACAAGGAGCUGGAAGAACAAAAGGCAGAGUUCAAUAAGAAGGAAGAGCUUCUGCAGACACUCCAAACCGGUAUCUCUUCGAAUGCAGGAUCAGAUGGUGGUUAUGCUGGUCAGCUUACAGCAGCACGCGACAAUGCGAGCAAGGCUGGCACUGAAAUUGAGCAGUCAAAGCUCAAGAUCUCUCAUCUAGAGUCGCGAAUCAAAGAAGACGAGCCUCGAGCUAAGAAGGCUGAGAAGGAGAAUGCUGGUCUGCUGAAAGAUCUUGAGUUAUUACGAAGUCAGGCGGCGAGGCUGCAGAAAGAGCUGGAAAAGCUCGGUUUCCAACCCGGCAAGGAAGAGGAGCAGCAAGCAGAAAAGGCACAGCUUGAGAAGAGAAUCCGCGUACUACAAAGUGAAGCCGAAGGACUGCGAAGACAAGUUGCUGGUCUUGACUUCUCAUAUUCCGACCCAACACCAGACUUCGACCGGAGUCGCGUCAAGGGACUGGUCGCCCAACUCUUCAGUCUCCCAGAAUCGUCAACAGGAGCCAGCACUGCCCUGGAGAUCUGCGCCGGUGGGCGACUUUAUAACGUCGUCGUGGACAGCGCGAAAACAUCAUCACUGCUUAUCGAUAAUGGCAAACUGCGACGACGAGUGACGAUCGUGCCUCUGGAUAAGAUCGACUCAUACCGUGCCCCAGCAGAUCGCGUCAACAAUGCACAACAGCUGGCGCCAGGCAAAGUACACCUCGCACUCAGCCUCAUUGGCUACGAGCACGAAGUCGAGAAAGCCAUGGAGUUCGUCUUCGGCAGCACAUUGGUUUGCGCUGAUGCAUCAACAGCGAAGAAGGUCACGUUUGACCCAUCGGUCAGGUUAAAGAGCGUCACAGUCGAGGGCGAUGUGUACGAUCCGAGUGGGACACUCUCUGGUGGCUCUGCAGCACAAGGCAAUGGCGUGCUUCUCAAGCUACAAAAGCUACACGCAAUCACCGAGGAGCUUGACCGCGAGCAAGCCAAACUCCACACCCUUGAGCAGGCCAUGGCCAAGGAUGCGCAGAAAACGAGCAACGCGCGGAAGUACAAGCAGGAGCUUGAUUUGAAGAGUCAUGAGAUCCAGCUCGCCGAAGGACAGAUCGCAAGCAACUCCUCGAGCAGCAUUAUUGCUUCUGUCAACGAGAUGAAGGAGACCAUCGGCGCACUGAAGGACCUUAUUCAGGCGUCCAAAGCUCGACAGACAGAAGCCGAGCAAGAGGUAAAGCGCGUCGAAAAGGACAUGAAGGACUUCUCCUCAAACAAAGGCGCCAAGCUGGACCAACUCCAAGGCGACCUCGACAAGCUCAAGAAGAGUCUGGCAAAGGCGCAGGGAGCCAUUAAGCCUCUACAGCAGGAAGUCAGAGACGCGACGAUUGAUGCCGAACAGACCGGCAGUGAUCUCACCACCGCCCAGGAGGAGCUUCACGAUGCGGAAGUCACACUGAAAGCACAACAAGAAGAGUUCCAAGGUCACCAAGCAGAUCAACGAGACGUCAAGAACAAGCACGACGAAGCGGAGGCAACGCUCAAUGACGAACGCAAGAAGCUCAGCAGUUUCGACGAUGAGAUUGCAGACCUCGACAAAGCCUCCAAACGCAAAGCCCAGCAAAUCUCGGACGAGAAGCUGGAGUCUCAAAAGCUCGGCCACUCAAUCGACAACUUCGCCAAAGUCCAACAAGUCGCUCAACAAGCCGUCUCUCACCUCGAGAAGGACUACGACUGGAUCCUUGAAGAACAGACCUCGUUCGGCAAGCAAGGCACCCCCUACGACUUCCACAACCACAACAUGGCCGAAGCAAAGACCAACCUCAAGUCCGUUACCGAGCGCUUCCAGGGCAUGAAGAAAAAGAUCAAUCCAGCAGUCAUGGCGACGAUCGACAGCGUGGAGAAGAAAGAAACGGCACUCAAACAAAUGAUGCGAACGGUUAUCAAGGACAAGAAGAAGAUCGAAGACACGAUCGUCAGUCUGGACGAGUACAAGAAAGAAGCGCUCUUUAAGACGUGGGAGAAAGUCAACACUGACUUUGGAAAUAUCUUCAAUGAUCUUUUACCCGGCAAUACAGCAAAACUCGACCCGCCGGAGGGUAAGACGAUUAGUGAAGGCUUGGAAGUUAAGGUCUGUUUGGGGAAAGUGUGGAAGAGCAGUUUGACGGAACUGAGUGGUGGACAACGAUCCCUCAUCGCACUCUCCCUCAUCCUCUCUCUCCUGCAAUACUCCCCCGCUCCGAUGUACAUCCUGGACGAAGUCGACGCUGCGCUGGAUCUCUCACACACGCAGAAUAUUGGCCGCCUGAUCCGGACGAGGUUCAAGGGAAGUCAAUUCAUUGUUGUGAGUUUGAAGGAUGGCAUGUUUGGGAAUGCGAAUCGAAUUUUUAGGACGAGGUUCAUGGAUGGUACGAGUGUGGUUCAGUCGUUGACGCCGGCGGAUGUGAAGUGA